GUCCUCGGAUCCUGCGAGGUUUCGGCAGGCAUAUAGUAUAAAAGCGCGUCUUCGCGGACGAUAGUAUAACAAGACAACAACCGUAGUCAACAUGCACGCUUUGCAAGUCACCGUUUGUGCGAUCCUCGUCGCGGUAGCCGCAGGCGUUCCGUUGAAAGAAGAUGAAGUAGUACCGAUUCUCUAUCACAAUUCAAACGGGCCUGAACCAGACGGCUCGUACUCUUACAGCUUUGAGACCGGAAAUGGUAUCCGCGUUAACGAACAAGGCGAGCCAAGGAAGAGCUCGCAAAAGGAUUCCGAAAGCGAAUAUGCCCUUUACGUGCAAGGAUCAUUCAAUUAUCCAAGUCCCGAUGGUACUCCAAUUUCAUUAAACUACGUCGCCGAUGAAAACGGAUUCCAACCUCAAGGAGAACAUCUGCCAACUCCACCACCUGUACCGGAAGCCAUCUUGAGAGCUCUCGAUUACAUCGCCGCUCAUCCCGAGGAAGACAAACAGAGGAAGUGAAUGAUUUUAUUCCCUUUGCAACAAAAUAAGAAAGAUAUCUCGGACGAAUAACUAAUCGAACAGUGAUCGAUAUCCUUUUUUUUUUCUUGUAUCAUCGCUUCGUUUAUUGUUCGAAGAACGAAAGAACGAACGAACAAAGAACGAUGCUUUCAUAUAACGGAGACAACGAACUAUGGAUUAGUUUGAAGAUAAACAACGAAGAGUUUUUCUUCUUCUUCUUUUUUAUUUUAUUCUUUUUAUAUAUCGUUAUAAAGGAUACCACAAGACGAGAAUGUUCGUCCGGAUUUACAAUAGUGUAAAUUAUUUCAUUGAAAUUCUUUCUCUCUCUCUCUCUCUCUCUCUCGUAGUACGUAUUCCGCUAUAAUAUUAUCUCGAGACGUUGAUUUGUUUUCCAAGUUCCAAGAUAAUACAGCACGAUCUUUAAAAUAUGUUUUUCUUCGAGAUCAAAACAACGUUCUUUGGAUGUAACCUGUAUAUACAUAAAGUCGAAGACUUCCAAGUACUACGGUCGUAUUAUUAUUAGUACUACUACAACCACCGCCAUUAAUACUACUGCUACACUAGCUCGACGUUGUUACUUUUGAGUUAUCUCACGCGUUUAUUAUAUCAUGUAAAUGAAAGAAAUAUAGUUAGUUUCGUUUCGACGAGGAAUUCAUUAAGAAUACUUUAAUUAGAGUACAGAACGUCAUAGCUUAUAUAGAAACGUUUAUAUUAAACGUUUGAUACGACGGAAAUAUACAGUGACAUAAUAAAUACGACGAAGCUUCGAAAA